AUGUAUCGUACGAAUCCACAUGCGGCGAAGAAACUGAGCAGAGUUUUGGAAUCCAAUAUUAUUCUGGAAGCGUUUGGAAAUGCUACCACGUCGAUGAACCUUAAUUCGUCAAGGUUUGGAAAAGUGACAACUCUGCAAAUUGCCUUUGGGGGGAACCAGAAUGAAUUGAACUUUCACGUACUGUACGCGAUGUUGCAUCUCGAUGGUGUAAAGUGCUCCGCGUUUACUGAUCUCGGUCGCAGCGACCACAAGCUGGCAGAGCUUAUGAGCGAAGCGGAAACGUGGAAAAAGGAUGUGGAAAGAUGGCAGCAGAUUAUUGGUGGGCUAGAUGAGCUGAACUGCUGUUCUGUGGCUUAA